AGCAUAAAUCAGCCGUAGAGCCUGCUGCAGCAGCAGCGUCGUGAGCAGAGCGUCAGCUGCAGCCGCUAGCACCAUGGCGAGCGUGGUGGACACCAAGCUCUACGACAUCCUCGGAGUCUCACCCUCAGCCUCCGAGAACGAGCUCAAAAAGGCCUACCGCAAAUUGGCUAAAGAGUACCACCCUGACAAGAACCCUGAUGCUGGAGACAAGUUUAAAGAAAUAAGUUUUGCAUAUGAGGUGUUGACAAACCCAGAGAAAAAGGAGCUUUAUGAUCGCUAUGGAGAACAAGGGCUCCGGGAGGGAGGAGGCGGCGGGCCUGGCAUGGACGAUAUUUUCUCUCACAUUUUUGGUGGUGGACUUUUUGGUUUCAUGGGUGGACAAAGCAGAGGUCGUAACGGAGGCAAGAGGAGAGGAGAUGAUAUGGUACAUCCUCUGAAAGUUUCUCUUGAAGACUUGUACAAUGGUAAAACUACAAAGCUGCAACUCAGUAAGAAUGUGUUGUGUGGUGCCUGCAAUGGUCAAGGGGGUAAGCCAGGAGCAGUGCAGAAGUGUGUGGCAUGCAGAGGAAGAGGUAUGAGGAUCAUGAUAAGACAGCUGGCCCCAGGGAUGGUUCAGCAGAUGCAGUCUGUAUGCACAGACUGCAACGGAGAGGGUGAGGUGAUAAAUGAAAAGGACCGCUGCAGAAAAUGUGAAGGUCAAAAGGUGUGUAAGGAGACGAAACUUCUGGAGGUUCAUGUGGACAAAGGUAUGAGACAUGGACAGAAGAUCACAUUCUCUGGUGAAGCUGACCAGGCACCAGGAGUUGAACCAGGAGAUAUAGUUCUAGUGCUUCAAGAAAAAGAACACGAGGAGUUCCGGCGUGAUGGAAGUGACCUUCACAUGGUCCAACGCAUUGGUCUGGUUGAAGCUCUGUGUGGGUUCCAGAUGACCGUCACACACUUGGAUGGACGUCAGCUGCUUGUUAAAUACCCACCUGGCAAGGUCAUUGAGCCAGGCUGCAUUCGAGUUGUCAAAGGAGAGGGAAUGCCUCAGUACAGAAAUCCCUUUGAGAAGGGAGAUCUUUACAUCAAAUUUGAUGUUCAGUUCCCAGAAAAUAACUGGAUCAGCCCUGAAAAAUUGAAUGACCUGGAGUGCUUGCUACCUGCUAGAGCUGACCAUCCUGUUAUUGCUGCAGAUGCAGAGGAAGUCGACCUGACUGAUUUUGACAGGAGUCAAGGUUUUGGAGCCGGAGCCAGAAGAGAGGCAUACAAUGAUAGUUCUGAUGAGGAAGGGGGCCAUCAUGGCCCAGGAGUACAGUGUGCACAUCAAUAGAAAGACUCAUACAUAGACUUGCAUACACAUUAAAAUGUAUAAAAUACAGAAGCAUCCCUCAAGUUCUAUUAACACCAUCCAAAACAUGUUGCGCAUACACUCACAUUUCUCUCCGUUCAUGAUUGCAAUGAGAAGUGCCCAGGACUGGCACUUAGGUAGGAGCACUGGGUUAUAAAAUGGGGAAAAAAUCGGGAUAAAAAUAUUCUUAAAAAAAAAAAAAGAUUGCAAUGAAAAGGAGAUAUCCUCCUUCCCUCAUCAGUUCGAUGGUGGCCAUAAAUCAGAGAGCUCCUGGACGUUUGAUGACUUUUGUGCUUUUGGAUGUUAGCUCUCAUUAACGUCUCCAGCAAUUAGUUUCAUUCUCAGAGGUUCACUACUCAGCUUGACUCUGACCACCCUGUUUUCAUCAGAAGCUUUUACGUUUCACUGUCGGAAACACAAGUCUAGUGUACAAAAUGCAAAUAUUGUUAACUAUCUUGUAUAAGAUGUAGUUUGUCAGUCGCAUCUAAGUGCAUGCUGCUUCUUGCUGAAGAUCUUUGCCAUGUAGACCCAUGGUCCCAUCACUACAGAAAGUCUGUCACCAUGGCUGUUUAUAUUUCAGCGUUAAUGCUGUUAUGGUGCCACAACAACUAAUGUGAUUACAUCUCCAGAGAGACUGCUGAGAACCAAACAGUAAACCCAGAUUCUCUGUAAUAUUCAAAAUGUGAUUUCCUGGCUUUGUUCACUUCCUAGCCCACAAUAUCAACGCCUGAAUAUAGCAUCUGUCAGCCAGGACGCAAUGUUUUGUUUUUUUGUUGUAGUGGUUGUUUUUUUUUGGUUUUUUUUCUUCUUUUAGUCAGGAAUUUAAGCUUCUUUGUUUGUGUGAAUGUUAGUGUGUUUGAAAACCUUGAAGUCAUAUACUUUUGAUUGGAGUUAAGAGCACACUACUGUACUUUGUGUAAUGCAGUGGAUCAGCCUGUGUGGGAGCUGUUGGGAGUCUUCUACCUUAUCAAUGUGGUCGAUAUUCCUGCUUUUGCAUUGAACCGGAGUAGGAGUGGACACCAAAUAUAGUCAGUUAAGCAGGAAGAACGAUGAAUGUUUAUUUACUGAGGAUCUCAGAUUUAGAUGUUCCCCCUACUUACCGGGACCGAGAGGUCCUCCUAUCUUGCAGGAAAACAUAUUGUACACAUAUCCCCAUUGCAGAGUUGUUAGCCAAACAUGUUCCUUCAAAUGUUACAGUACCCUCCCCAUCCCCAUAUACCUGUAAAUAAAUACAGUCCCAGUAUAUGGCUGCAUUCAGAGUCUACAGCAGUGUCAUUCUGUAGUCACAAUCCUUUUCUUACGUAAGCGAGCAUUGGCCAAAAUAUAAAUUUAAUGUUCACAUCAAUGCAGGUUAGAGGAGUCACUUUAGACCGUUAACAUGCACUUUUCUGACUUGUGUGUGCGUGUGUAUCUUCGCCCACAUGGCAUAGGUGCACACAAUUAAAGAGGGUCAUAGAUAAAUUACAUUAUUGUUGAAACUUUAUGGUUGUCAAAAUUAUACUUAAAAUGUAUAAUAAACAAGUACAAGUUUGUUGAGAUCAGUUUUGUCAUUUGUCAUUGCAAGUUAAUGUAUUUUAAAUUAUGUAUGUGCGUAUAUACUACUAUAUAGGCCAGAAAUGGCAAGAAAUUGGAAUUUUGGUGUAAAAUUAGCAGCAUUACACUCAAGCACUGCAAUUAAAGAAUUUGUUUCCUGCAUUA